UUUUAUUUUGAAACCGGAAACAGUAUGAGAGAAACCGGAUGUAGCUGCAGAGAGCCACACCGUUCGAGAAGGUGCUGAUUGACGUGUCCUUUGUCCUCCACCAUGUCUCGUGCCCGUCAGCCCCCGCUCGUCACGGGCAUCUCUCCCAAAGAGGGUCCGGCCUGGACCAAAGUUACCAUCCGCGGAGAAAACCUGGGAACGGGCCCAGCUGACCUCAUCGGGUUGUCAAUCUGCGGACAUAACUGCCUGCUGACAGCUGAAUGGAUGUCAGCGAGUAAAAUCGUUUGCCGUGUGGGACCCGCCAAAGACGACAAGGGAGAGAUCAUCGUCACAACCAAGUCUGGAGGGCUCGGCACCUCCACUGUUUCAUUUAAACUGCUGAAGCCUGAGCGCAUUGGUAUCCUGGACCAAUCUGCCGUGUGGGUGGAUGAGAUGAACUACUACGACAUGAGGACCGACCGCAACAAAGGGCUCUCCCCCCUCUCCCUGCGCCCCACCAAUCCACUGGGCAUCGACAUAGACAAAGGAAAGAUCCCACAGAAAGACAUGGAGCAGACGUUUCCAGGGAUGACUGGAGAUUUUACUAGUGAAAACUUCUCAGCUGCUUGGUAUCUGAUAGAAAACCACUCAGGCUCCAGUUUUGAGCAGCUGAAGAUAGCUGCCAAUAAUCUGAAAAAACAAGCCAAUAAGAAGAACGAGGGCAGUCUGGCCUAUGUGAAAGGAGGUCUGAGCACUUUCUUUGAGGCUCAGGAUGCGCUCGCAGCUAUUCACCAGCGACUGGAGUCUGAUGGCACAGAAAGAGUGGAGGGGUCCAUGACUCAGAGACUGGAGAACAUCCUCAACAGAGCGAGUGAUACUGCAGACACACUUUUCCAAGAGGUUUUGGGGCGUAAAGACAAGGCAGACUCUACACGCAAUGCUCUCAACGUCCUUCAACGCUUCAAGUUUCUGUUCAAUUUACCACUCAACAUUGAGCGAAAUAUUCAGAAGGGUGACUAUGAUGUGGUAAUAAACGACUAUGAGAAAGCCAAAUCUCUUUUUGGCAACACUGAGGUUCCUGUUUUCAAGAAAGUGUAUUCAGAGGUUGAGAUGAGAAUUACUGCUCUAAGAACCCUUUUGUUGGAGAAGCUGCUUCAGACUCCGUCAACACUACAUGAUCAGAAAAGAUAUAUCAGAUACUUGUCUGACCUCCAUGCUCCCGGCGACCCAGCAUGGCAGUGCAUCUACGCUCAGCACAAGUGGAUCCUGCAGCUGAUGCAGAACUGCAGAGACGAGUUCAUCAGUGGUCAACGAGUGGGUGUCGGAGCGCUGGAGCUGGAGGGGGAUACCCGCUCAUCUGCUCUGAGCCGCCUGGGCCAUACCUCGUCUCUGAAGAGAGGAGGCAGUCUGCGAACACCCCGACCCAGCACCUGGAGGUAUGAAUCACCUCAGCAGGUGCAGUUUGUGGAGAAGUUGUCCGAUGUCGUAAUUGGUCAACUGCCAAAUUUCUGGAAGCUUUGGAUCUCAUAUGUCAAUGGAAGUCUGUUCAGUGAGACUGGGGAAAAAUCUGGACAAGUUGAAAAAUCCAAGAAAAAUGCCAGGCAAAGACAAAACGACUUCAGGAAAAUGAUAGAAGAGGUGACCAAUCGACUGGUGAAGCUUAUCCGAGGUGCCUUGCUCAAUGGCACACUUCCACCCCACGAGCAGAGUCUUUAUGGAGGCUGGGAGAACAAGGCAGACCUGACGGGACAGUGGAUGACGCAGAUUAUACAUACUGUCAGGGGUUGUCAUGAAGCUCUCUCAGCUCUGGAGAUACCAAACGAUCUGCUCCAAGUGAUCCAGGAUCUGCUGGUGGACCUGAGAGUGCAGUGCCUGGUUGUGACUCUGCUCCACACUACUGAAGACAUAAAGCGACUGGCAGAGAAGGAAGACUGGGUUGUUGAUAAUGAGGGGAUCACCAGCCUGCCCUCACAGUUUGAACAGUGUAUGGUCCAGAUGUUGCAGUCUCUUAAAGAGCCACUGGAAAUCAAACCAGGAGAGAUUAAUGUGUUGCAAGUAGACCAGGUUCAGGACCAGGCUGCAGAGCUCAGUGUGAAAAUUAUGAGGGUCUUUAUCAGUUGCUUGGAUCAUUUGAGCACUAAAACAGAUGCAGAAAUCAGUGCAACUCGCAACAUUGCUGUAGACCUGUCGUCUCCAGACCGCUUCAGUGCCAUUCAUGAGGACUUCAGCCACACAGCUGAGCAGCGUCUUCUCAUCAUUCUCAGCAACUGCCAAUAUCUGGAGAGACACACCUUCUUGAAUCUCGCAGAUCACUUUGAGAAACACGGCUUCACAGGGACUGAAAAAAUCACUCGAGUGAGUGUGGAAGCAGUGAGGGAGUUGGACAGAAAGCUCUUUGACGCAUACAUUGAGAGACGGGCUGACCCGAUUGCCGGAGCCCUCGAGCCUGGCAUUUAUGCGGGUUACUUUGACUGGAGGGAUUGUCAAGCACCAACAGGUGUGAGGAACUACUUGAAAGAAGCCUUGGUUAACAUCAUUGCUGUUCAUGCAGAGGUGUUCACAGUUUCCAAAGAUCUGGUUCCAAGGGUUUUGUCUAAAAUAGUGGAGUCAGUUGCAGAUGAGAUGUGCCGCCUUAUGCAGUGUGUGUCAUCCUUCAGCAAACAUGGAGCCCUGCAGGCUCGUCUUGAAAUCUGUGCACUGAAAGAUGCUAUUGCUCCGUACCUAAACUCAAAAAGCAUUGUGAGUUUCAAACACUCACUGGACACUCUUCCACAGCUUCCGAGUGGGGCUGAUAAGAAGUUACUGGAGGAGCUGUUAAACAAGUUCAAAAGUUCCAUGCAGCUUCAGCUCACGUGCUUCCAGCCUUCAUCUAUCCAGCCCAUCAAGAGAUAAACGACACUGCUAAACCAGUCAGCUAACCUCUGCUAUCUGCUCACUAAUCAUUGCUAACCACUUUGAAUUUCACACUAAAUACAUGUAUUUCAUUGUUAGCACGCAUGGCAGCCCCAGGAGAGUGUGAGUUAUGCUAAUUAUUUAAGAGCACUCAUACUGUCUACAAAUGUCCAAAGUGUGUAAUAAAAUAAUAAAUAUGUUUAGAACGGCUC